UGAUGGGCGCCAAGGCUUCAGUACUCUUCGUGAUCAGCUUUUCUGGCACGACCUCCAACGACCACCAGCCAGAGCCAGCUCACACCCUUCUGACCGGCUCUGUCUCUUCCAAACAAAAUGGCAGGUCUGAGAACGAGUAUCUUCAUCAGCGCCGUCUCUUUCCUCCUCGGUUUGCUAUUUACCCAUUGGAUGGCAGAUUCCCUGACUUUGUGGAAGUCGCCUGAGACACAGACAGACUUGCGACUGUGGACGUCCGCGACGUACUACUCAAUUCUCUCGCAUAUGCCGCCUGCACUACUAUACCUAUACGGCGGGGUCGUCUUCGUGGGUGCAACAGCACUGCUGUGGAGUUUGAGGGAUGGUGAGGCAGGGAAUCUCAUGUUCGAUGGAGGUAGCGCUCUAUUGUAUGGCACGGCCGUAUUCGUGUACAUGUAUUCUGUUCUCCCCAAUAUUCUCCAAAAUUUCACCACCCUUCCUCUCCCCUUCGCAUCCGUAGCAAAACCCAUGGCCGCCGCCCUUAGCUCCCCGUCACUUGCGUCCGAACUACCACCAUUCCCUCCGUCACUUAGAGCGCCCACACUAGAGCUGGCCUCAUCACACCUAGUCUGCAGCGUCGCUCUCACAGGUGUAUUAGCGCUGCAAGCAGGCCGGUGGUGGGCCGAGAUGUAUGACGUCGAUGAAGAGGAGGAGGCAGAAGGAGACGGCGACGAAGCACAAGCUGAGAGGGAGAGCCAGGCAGAAGGUGAGGGGGAUAGUGCGGCGACAGCGAGUGCAACGGAAGAAGAAAAGAGUGCGAGGAGAAGGACCGCAACUGCACAGACUUGAUGCUUGGUCUUGCGACCUUUGAUUAUGAUGGUAAUGACCAACAGAAAAUAUCGCUUGGCUUACGCUGGACUCGAACUGUAUCCAUCCUGAACGUAUAUGAUCAAUGAGUAUUCUGCUUUUAUGCUGCUACUCUUGACUAUCAUUGCUAACAAUCUGAAUACCCUUCGCUUUCCAAGAUAUGCCGUGUUCAUCGCGAAUAUGUCAUACCUCGUCCCUGGGGCGAGGCGCCAUGCCAUCAGAUGACCUUCCCGUUUUUCCAAUAAACCCAUACUUACCGUAAUGACCGACCAAGGGCUGAAUCCCUAAUGUUACGAAUGAAAAGAACAUGCAACAUUGGCCGGAUACGUUUACUUCACGCUUAUCGUCAUUCGGAAAUAUUUUGUGCACUUACGUCUAGAUUCUGCACAGACCGUCGAAGGGCUGCCUAUUCAUUACGAUCUUGACCCAUCUAGCUUCGAAUAUGGACGCACGGCGCCGGGAUUAAAUGAUACGUCGGCGCGGAGAUAUCACUAGAUUUUCGCGCAGAAUUUGCAUAUCAGGAACCCGAACAAUCCCACCAGAAUGUAUAAAUACAGGAGACCUGUCGAGGCAGACUAGGUGAAUUUAACAUUGAGAGACAGACCAUCAUGAACGGAUCACAACUUCGUCUUGCCUUGGUACUCGUCAAUGUCAUCUUGAGCUUGAAAGCGGCGAGGCCCCCGAACCCUCCAGCC